AUACACAAAUUUGUAACUAACAUGAAUGUUAGCAAAACUUUAACAACGUUCAAAGUUUUGCAGCUAUGAAUUUGGAAACUAUUUGCCCUAAUUUGAGUGCUUUGACAACCGCUGUGGCCAAUUUAGUUUACAAGGAUUUAUCAAAAGAUGAGCGUCUCAGCAACAUUCAGCCACAGUUUGAGAACAAUUGCGGCGUGCUUUAUUUGAGCGCGCAAAAGGCCAAGGAUCAGCCGGUGGCUUUUAUACCCUUGCCACACUCCAAGGACAUCGACUUUGAGCUGGUUAAGACGAUGCAACAGCAACUGAGACCCAGCCAUAUCUAUGUGGCAAUUAUUGAUAAUACAGGCAAUAUAUUGUACUACCAAAUAACAGAAGGAUUUUGUGAAAAAUAAUUUUUAAAAAAUAAAUAGAAUAAAGC